AUGGGUGUUCUUCCAAUUGAUACUCGUGAAGCUCUUCAUUUGAAUGAGCUCACUUCGAGAGCGAGAUGUUAUCGCAAUGGUUAUGGUUAUUACAGAUGUAAUUCCGCCUGGAGUCGUUUCGGUCGAUGGAUUCUCGCUGGUGUUUUGAUUUUCGUCGGUCUUAUAUUACUUUUUGCCAUCAUGUGCAUAUCCAAGCGUCGUCGUCGCCGCAACCAAAUCAGCUCCACGAACCAACCUAUGGCAUACACCCAACCCGCUGCUACCUAUGGUCAAGCACCCGCCAGCUACAAUUAUUCACAGCCCCAACAAUCAUAUGCGCCGCCGGCGGGUGCACCGCCGACGUAUGGUGGUGCGCAUGCGGGUGCGAAUGCGGAUUAUUAUGGGACGAGUGGCGUGACGCAGCCGGCGAAUACUUAUGCUAAGUAG